UCUGCUCCUGUCACUGGCGUCACCGGGAGCCCGGACCCGGCGUGUCAGCAGCGAGCAGUGUUUGCACUCGGCAACAAAAGACCACAUUUUAAACAGUUUGCGAAACUUUGUCGAAGACAAUAUUUCGGGGGGACUUUAUCACAGGGAUGACACCAACGAGGAAGAGGAAGGAGGUGUUGAUGAUGAUGAUGGUGAUGAUGAUGACGUCAUGCACUUAGCUGGACUUCAGCCCCGCAGACAGAGCCGGAUCCGGGACCGAGAGGGGAGAAAAUGCCGAGGAGAAAACAGUCCAACCCGCAGCCGGUCAAAUUGGAGUCUGAGGACGGGGCGGUGGUGUGUGAGCCGGGCUGCCUCGUCCUGGAGAGCGACUUCCUGCUGAGCGGGGAGCUGGAGUUUGGAGACUCCGAGAUCAUAGGGCUGGACCGAGAGUCCGGUAUGACAGUGUUUUCUCUGAGCGUUGAGGACGAUCCCUCAGCUCCAACAGACUCCACCUUCCCAGCUUUCCUCUCAUGUAGAGGCUGUGGUCAGCUGCUGGGAGACUCUCCUCUGGGAGCCAGUCUAGAUCUGGGUGUGGGUCUGGACCUGGGGGCGGAGCUUUUCUGUCUCACCUGUGAGGAAGGCCUGCAGCAGGGAGUCUCGCUUGCCUCCUCUCAGGUGGAGGAGUCAAGCGGAGACUCGGACAGGAAGACGAAGAGCGAAGGGAAGCCGGACGAAGCUCCUAAACUGUUCUCCUGCUCGCUGUGCGCCUUCACCUCGCGCUACUCCAACCACCUGAAGCGCCACAUGAGGACGCACGACGGCCACAAGCCCUACCGCUGCCCCGCCUGCGACUACGCCUCGGCACAGCUGGUCAACCUGCAGCGCCACGCCCGCACACACACCGGGGAGAAACCCUACCACUGCCCCCAGUGCAGCUACGCCUGCAGCUCGCUGGGAAACCUGCGCAGGCACCAGCGCAUGCACACGCAGGAGAGGCCGCAGCGCAGGGAGAAGGAGAAGAGGCGAGGCAGGAGGAAAAAGGCUGCAAGUGAAGAAGUCAUCUCAGACCUGACGUACCUCCAGACGCUGGGGGGCCUGGGCUCUCCCUCCGCCCCGCUCCCAGUGCUCCUCUUUCCCCUGUGCUGCCAGCUCUGUGGCCUCACCCUGGAGGAGGCCGACCUGGAGGGGGACAAGGCCGAGGGGGAGGGUGACGCAGCACAGGUGUGUCGUCGCUGCUCGCUGCUCUCCAAAGAUGACUCAGGUUCUCGGGCCCGUGGCCGGCGGGGCUCCAAGCUGUUCCGCUGCCCUCACUGCCCCUUCUUGUCGCACUACCCCAACCACCUGGCCCGCCACGCCCACACCCACUCUGAGGAGAAACCCCACCGCUGCCCCCACUGCACCUACACCUCCUCGCACCUGGACAACCUGAAGCGCCACCUGCGCGUGCACACGGGCGAGAAGCCGUACCAGUGCCCGUCCUGCAGCUAUGCCUGCGGGAACCUGGCCAACCUGCGGCGGCACGAGCGCAUCCACUCGGGCGCCAAGCCCUUCCACUGCGGCGUCUGCGGCUACUCCUGCAACCAGAGCAUGAACCUGAAGAGGCACAUGCUGCGGCACACGGGCGAGAAGCCGUACGCCUGCGCCGAGUGCGACUACACCACGGGACACUGGGACAACUACAAGCGGCACCAGAGGAAGCACGGCCACAACACGGACAGCUGGGACAAACACGCGCCCGACAAUGGCCUCUGCUGGGGUCGAGAGUCUGGGGAGGGCCAGGAGCACAGAGAGACUGCGUGAGGGGGGGGGGGGGGGGGACCUCCAGCUCAGGUGGGAGCUAAACUCAGGUGCCUUUGACGGACUGUUAUGCUGCACUGACUGCAGGAAAGAGCAUUGAUGUUCAGUGAAUCUACGGAUGAUUCUGUAAAUGCGGGGGGGUUGUUUUCCUGACAGCAGCUUGUUUUGUGUAGUUUUUUCUCCCGGAUGUGUUAGAUUCCUUCUGUCUCUCAGGGGGGUUCCUGUGCAGCGGGACUCCUCACCUUUGAAUCACCCUCAUUUCAUUCACCAAUCACAGCGUUUUAGGCCCCAUUAAGUGCCCCUCACAACCUCUGUAUCUGUGUGAGAGAGGAUGAAUUUAUCUCUGCAGAUUAUUGACCAGACAAAUACCCAGCGCUGUGUAAGAAAUCAAAGGUAAAUUAAGGAGCAACACAGGAGCCCUGCUGUUCAUCCUGGAUUUUAUUUCUGAAAUGUCUUUGUGUUUAAAAGGAUAUUAUAGCUUGUGAAGACCAGCCUGUUACCUCUGAGACUUCAACAAUUCAGGGACAAAUAAAAGUCAUGAAAGGAC